UAAAGCCCUUGCAGGCCCCUCUACCUCUCAGAUCUCAACUUUCUCCUUCUUUCGCUCUCACUGGAACUCCAAACAAGCCCAGCCUGUUCAGCUCAUCAGCUUCUCUCUCUGUGGUUCCGUUUGCGCCCUUUCUCUCUCACCUACCCCUUUCUACCCCUUGUUCUUAUUGCCAUUCUUCGCUCGUGCGGAAUCCCCAAACAGAGGUAUCUUAUAGAAGGCGUCUCCGAUUCAAUUGGCUGGAGCAAAGACCUAGCAGCAGUGGUGCUCCUCGUGGAGGAAUCUGGAAAAGCAUCUCAUGCAUUGUAACAAUCAUUCCAGUACUAACAAGAAGAAUUGAGUUUUACCUGUAAAAGCUCUGAUGGAGUUAAGAAGUUGCACUCAUUUGCACUUCAUCCAAGCUCUGAAAGGUGGUUUACCGGUAAAAACUCUGAAUGUGGCUCGUGGAAGGCCAGUUCUCAAAUUCAAGAAGUUGAUAGACAUAUGUGAAACAUUAGAUGCCAAAAAUGGUGAUUCGUUUCCAGCAAUUCCACCAAAAGAUGAGUUCAGGGGCUUGUUUAUGGACAGGGAUUGGGUCAUGGGCGAAAGUACAAGGAACUGUACUGUGCGAAAUAUAACAGUCAAAACUGAACGUGAAGAUUCUGGUUUUAAUAGUAGCGACAACAAUGAUGGAAGGGAUGAUUUGGAUGGCUUUGGUAAUAUGACACUGAAGCAGAUCAAAGAGACAUGCAAGAGCAAGAAAAGAAAGCGUUCAAAAUCUGUUGAUUUGAAGAAAAAACUUGAAAUGUGCUACCCUAUAAAGCAAGAGUAUUCUGAGUUGCAAACUGAUGAAGAGGAUUGUGAUCUCGUAGAGCCUCUUAGUAAUUGGAAAGUUAAACUCUCAAAGAAGGCAAAUGCCAAGACUAAGAGCAAGU